AUCGCUCCGGUGCGCAGGUGCAUGUCUGCGCACAAUAGCGCGACUGUCUCGCGCCACAGGUAGUAGCCGGACUCAGGUGUUGUAACACGACACUGAACCAUGUGAUCAGCGAUGAGCAUUUAGGAAGAAGAAGAACCCAGCUCGAGCAUUCACUCAACACUAAAUACCAAACCGCACAAGACCACCAUUGAUAGCAGGGCAGGAUCUCGAAGGACAAUGUAUUAUUAUUAUGAGCAGGACGCCGGAGUGUCGCGAUAGUUUCGGUUUAAGCACUUCAUUUCACCGGUAAGGUGAGGCGGAAGCGAGCCACGGUCAGGUCUAUUGGAUAUACUCUCUACAUAUAAUCUAUUCGUCGGGAAACAUCGUGGAUUAUGAAGGUACACACAGCUCGAUAGAGACAGAUAGGACUGCUUCAACUCUUUGAUCUCGGACAUGAUUUAUUGACCACCUCUGCUCCACCGGAGCAUCAGCCCCUUCUGGUUGAGGGUAGGGGUGCAGACUGCCUCCAUCAAUCCGGAGAUGAUACGGCAGGUUGGGCUGUUGGCAGGGAGUUUUCUGCUGCUGCUGCUUCUCAGGAAUGUUUCGGCCCAGGGGGAAACGACCACAAUGCCCAAUAGCACUACAACUCCCAGCCCUGACCAGGGCCCUAAUAUUGUGGCCAUUGUAGUGCCAACUGUGGUGGUGGGACUGCUGGCUAUUUUGACAGCUGUUCUGGUGUUUGUUUUCUGCGUGGUAAAGAAGAAGAGACAGACGGAAGGGACGUAUCAACCCAGUGCAGAGGAGCAGUCAGGAGCACGUAGUGUUGAGACGCCUGACGCUCUGAAAUUACCCAAGGAGGAGAGACUGAUCUGACACACUGGUUUAUGACUAACCAGCAGCACAUGAUAAUAGUGACUCAAUUCCAAAACGGUUAAACAGAUAAACAUUAACUAAGGACCGUUUCUGAAGGCAUAAAGCACAACCAUGUUUUGGCUAAAUAAAGCGAGUCUGACUACUUGGAAGAAACUUGAAGGAACAGAUCCUCUCUCCAAAAAGCCACAUAUUUCACAGCACAGAUCAUCUAGCAUUUCAUGCCAUUUUAGACUGGGAGUUUUCUCUGAAUACUUCAUUUUAUGUUGUGUCAGCUGUUUUAAUGGUUGCUUUGCACGUACAAAUGCUGAUGUUUGUAGUGUACAUUUUUAAAGGUGACGUGUGUAAUAUAUGCACCCCUAGUGGCACAAAACAGAAGUGCAGUCUGUUUUGCAUUCAAAAUGGACCAGACUUAAAGGGAUAGUCCACUAAAUAAAUACCAUUCUGUCAUCAUUUUCUCACCCUCAAGUUGUUUAAAACUUGUAUGAGUUUCUUUCUGUUGUUGAGCAGAAAAGAAUGUAUUUUUAAAAAAUGUUGGUAUAACCAAACAGUUGAUUAGUGUGGGGGAAAAAUACUAUUAAAGUUAAUGGCAACCUUCAACUGUUUGGUGACAAAAUGCUAAUUUUUGGGUGAACCAUCCCUUUAACAGCAUCAGCUGAACCAAUGGUGUGAAUUUGAAGGUGGGGCUAUCUGUUUGACUGAAUAAUGGAAGCUGGCUGCAUUUGAAACUUUAAAUUAAAUUUUUUAAAUUGAAAUUAGCCACCAAUUUCUAAUUUCUGUUUGUUGGCACUAGGUUAUGCACACUACAUCUUUAAAUACUCAUUCAAAUAAUUUUGUUCACAAUAUAGGAUGUUCACAAUCUCAUAUCUGGUAUGUUUGUUGAAACCACUUUUCACAAAUUAUUUCAAUUGCUGUAUUUGUCUAGAUUUACCUCAGUAAUGUUUCCUUAUAUAUAUAAUUUAAUCUAAUAUUAAUUGUCCAGAAAUUUGAUCAGUGCAACGAUGGAUUCUUUGGAAUCGUUUUUGACUAUUUUAUGAUAGCAUGGACGUUUACAGUCAAAUAUUUAAUCCAUUAUGUUUCACUGGAGUGCCUUUUCAAAUUUCACCUUUUUAUAAUCUGCUUAAUCAUGCUGUUUUUAAAUAUAAGAUUAAAAGGCAAUGGUCAUGCUAUAUUGUGAAUAUAAUCACUGCUAAUGGGUUUUGUUAGGCACAAUGCUCAGCGGAGUUACUAUAUUUACGAUACAGCACGGCCUCAGGUGCUUUUAUAAAAUGGUUGUUCCAUGUUAAAAACAUUGAGGACAACACAAAUUUACAUUAAAACAUUAUUUUAUUAAGCUAAUUAAUUAAGCGUUAUUCUUCUGCUGAAGAUACAGUCUCUAAUAUAGGCUAAUAGAAAGUUCCUACACAACAAAAUCAUUUGCCAUGCCCUAUUAUAGUCUAUAGAAUUUAGUUUGUGUUUCCACGGCGUGAAAGGUCAUACAAAUUUAUAAAUGAACCGCUUGUUUCAAAAUC